GUCAUCCGAGCCAUCGAGCCGGUGCCCCAGGAGCAGCUCGGACAAGGCUUCUAUUCACGCUUGUUCAUUAUCCGGAAGUCUUCAGGGGGAUGGCGAGCGAUACUAGAUCUCAAAUCCCUGAACCGCCGGAUAGUGUACCGGCGGUUCAAGAUGCAGUCCCUCCAGACCAUCUUGGAGGGCAUCAGACUUGGAGACUACCUCUCGUCAAUCGACCUGACGGAGGCAUACCUCCAUGUACCCAUCCUCCCCGCCCACCGCAGGUUUCUCCGCUUCUGUUUCCUGAGCCAGCAUUAUCAGUACAGGGCUCUUCCAUUCGGCCUCUCAUCGGCCCCCAGGGUAUUCACAAAAUUGAUGGCCGCCAUCGCGGCCCUCCUCAGGUCCAUCCCCAUCCGGAUGCAGUUCUACCUGGACGACCUUCUGGUCCAGUCAGUCUUGGAGAGUCAGGCCCUUCAAGAUCUCUCAACGACUCUCAGAGUCCUGGAAUCCCACGGAUUCUCUAUCAAUCGGACCAAGAGCCAUCUGGUCCCGGCCACGCGUCUCCAACACCUGGGGGCGAUCAUCGACACGAGUCUAUGCAAGGUCUACCUUUCCCAGGAUCGCCUGGCCAGCCUGCGGUCUCUGGUCAGGACAGUGAAGGCAGGGAGGGGCUCUUCCCUGGCUUCGCUCUCCCAACUCCUGGGAAAGAUGGUCUCUUGCAUCGGCAUAGUUCCCUGGGCACGUCUUCACUGCAGGGAUCUGCAGUGGUUCCUCCUACCUUACCAGAAACGGGGGAUGGGGUCCUCCCUCCGGCGGGUCCAUCUUCCUCCCAAGGUGCUCCAGUCCCUCGAUUGGUGGUCCUCGGGAGCUCUUCUCCAGGGGCGGGAGUUCAGGGUUCCUCAGUGUCUUAUACUGACUACAGAUGCCAGCCUUCACGGCUGGGGGGCCCACCUAUCCUCCUCCCUCGCCCAGGGUCGAUGGACCCAGGCGGAUUUAAAGCACAACAUAAACUGGCUGGAACUCCGGGCCAUCCACCUGGCCCUACGAGUCUUUGCCCCCGAGGUUCAGGACAAGCAUGUCCUGGUCAGAACGGACAACGUGGCCGCCAAGGCCCAUGUGAACCGCUUGGGAGGGACCCGCUCUCGGCAUCUCAUGGAGGAAGCCGAGAGACUGGGCUCCUGGGCGGAGUUGCACCUAAGGUCAUUGAGGGCAACUCACAUCUCGGGGGUGGAGAACUCUCAGGCGGAUUGGUUGAGCAGGACCACGGUGGACCCCGGGGAGUGGACCCUGGAACCUGCUCUCUUUCGGGAGAUCACAUCUCGCAUGGGAGUUCCAGUCCUGGACCUCUUCGCCACACGGAGCAAUCGACAGACCCAGAGGUUCUUCGCACGGUUUCCGGAACCAGGAGCGGAGGCCGUGGAUGCUCUACACAGCGUCUGGCCUCCCGGCCUUCUAUACGCCUUCCCUCCUCUUCCCAUCGUGGCCAAGGUCAUCAGGAAGAUGUUACAAGAGAAGGCAGAGCUGCUGCUAAUCGCCCCCCAUUGGCCUCGCAGGCCUUGGUUCGCGGACCUGAAGGCUCUCUCGGUUCGGCCUCCCUGGCGCCUUCCCCCGGACAAAGUCAUCCUUCGCCAGGGUUCACUUCUUCAUCCGGACGCAGCAUGGCUGCAGCUAACCGCCUGGCGAUUGAGCGGCGUCUGCUGAGCUCCCGGCGUCUUCCUCCCAGAGUCGUCGCCACCAUCCAGGCAGCCCGUAGACCCUUGACUACUCGCAUAUACGACUCCACCUGGAGGACCUUUUCAUCUUGGUGCGACAGCCACUCCAUCAUUUCUACGGCAGCCUCUACGGAGCAGGUGCUCAUCUAUCUGCAGGAUCGUCUUGACUCAGCUCAAAGUGCCUGUCUGCGUCGUCGUCUUUCAUCAGAAAGCUGGGAAGCAGAUCAAAGGGGAGGAGCUUCUCAGCUAUGCAGACUCAAUCAAUAACUGGAUCAUGGCGUUACCCAAUCCAAUCCUGACCACUGUAGCCGGAACAACGAGAAGAAGCGUUCAGGCUUUUCCACCUGUUCAUUUGAGUCAAACUGAUGCCCACAAAGAUAUUCUUUCGAUUUUGGGAGAAGGUAGAAGUUUCAUGGCACCAAAUCUGGACUAUAUGACGGAUGGAGUAAGACAGUGAAGCUUUGUGAUGCUAUUCCAUGCAUUUUCUGGAUCACAAUGAUGAGCCCGUUUCACUGGCUGUCACAAUGAUGUGAACAAAUGCCUCACCUUUAUUUUCAUAGUGUGACAAUAAUUGCUUGCAAAUUUCACCUCUUUUUUCCCCCAUUACAUUUAAUUUGCCAACCUAGUAAAAGUUGUACAUAUUACUCAUCCUAGCAAGGAAAUAUAAACAAUCCAAAAAGGAGCUGAUACAAAGAAACAAGCUAAUUAGGGCAAUUUCAACUCUUCAUUUCUGCUGUUAGCAUGAGAAGAACCCAUCUUGUCCAUAUUGAAGAAUAUCAAUAAUACGACCCCUCCCCUUUCUUAUGAAAUACCAAGCUUGACAGCAAAUUCCUUUUGAGUGAUCUGCCAAUUGUCUUUAACCAGUUCAUCAACUUUCUCAUGUGAAACAUGUAGGAUGCUAUCACAGCUUGUCCACUUUUCUUGAUCUCAUAUCUGAUUUACCAUCUUUAUAUUUUUUGACCCAGGGAUACAGUACUCAUAUCAACAUAAUCAGCACCAUAAACAACUUGCAUUUAGCAGUGAAUUUCAAGUGUUGGGACCCUUUCAAUUGUCAAAAGGUCAAUCACAGAACAUUGCUUAAAUCCCAUUGACAAAUAUUCACUGUAUAGUAGCAUAGUAUACUUUAUUGAUUAGUCAGUUGAGUGUAUUAAAACAUGAACAUCAGCGACAGUAAGAUACAAUAACAUGAGAUAAGGUAAGAUACAGUGAAAUGCGAUAAAAUAAACUAUGGUGAGAUAAAAUAGACUAAAAUAUAAUAGUUAAGGUAAAAUAAAUAAAACAGUAAUCAGAGCGGGGAGGCAGGGAAUGCUAUGGGUCCCAUCCCCUAGGAAGAUACACCUGGUGGGACCCAGAAGAAGGGCCUUCUCCGUGAUGGCUCCCUCUCUCUGGAUCAUCAUUCCCCCAGAGAUUAGAACGGCCCCCACUCUAAUUCUCUUCCAGAAGGCGCUGAAGACCUGGUUCUGCCAGUGGGCCUGGGGAACCCAGAAUGGGAUGGAGCUCAUUAAGUGGCUUGUAUGAUUUGCUGUGCGGGGUGAUUUUAUAUAUUUUAUUAUAUUAGUUUAUUUGAUUCUUUUUAUUAGUUUUACUGUUUUAAAUGAGAUUUUAUAUUAUGUAAGUCGCCUUGAGUCGCCAUGGGCGAAUAGAUGGCAAUAUAGAUUCAAUCAAUCAAUCAAUAAAUAAAUAUAAAGACCUAUAAGAUAAAAUAGAAUGCAAAGAAAUAUAAUAAAAUCUUAAAGUU